GUAUCAUGCACAUGACCCACAGCAUUUGGGUUCUGCACGACGAGACCCAGUUCGACAGCCAAGAGCAGGAACACAGAAGUGUCUGCGUGACGAUGUGCACACUCUUCCACUGGGGAGAGUAUCUCUUUCCGACCCUCAUUUGUGCCUGUGCUUUCGUCUUCGGCCUAGUCGACGGGCAAAGCUUUCUGGCCUUGCUAGGCGCCUGCUCGGUUCUGAUGAGCUGGACCGUCAUGAUGAUUAGCAGUUUCUUCGACAAGAUUCAGCCAUGGAACCCUCCAGCUUGGCUGAACCGUCACUUUGGACAUCCAGACGAACUGCAGCGAUGGGGUGAGAAGUGGUGCAGGCUCAACCACAGUGCUCAGAAGCGACAGCGUCAUCCCUUCGCCAUCACGUUGAUCAUGCUGGGGACCGUCUUUGCGGCUUUCGACUUCAGGUGGCUGACGAUUUCCUGUCUGGUGAUACUGUUCUUCCUUUUUCUUCGCUUACUGUCCAUGUACAAGGAGGGGAACUUUGGCUGGGCCACUGCGCUUGUGGAAGCCUUGAUCGAAGCGAUCUUCCUGCAGUCCCUUGUGAUCUCGACGGCGGCAAGGCCGAUGUUAGAUGCGUCCCUCAUCACGCUGCUCUGCGCGAUGCGACAGUUUGGCUUUCAGCGUGAAGUUCGUGCUGGGGAUCGAAUACGUGUGGUCUCGCUGAUGGGUCUGGGUGUCGUGCAUUUCGUGAUCAUCAUCAUCGUCUGCUUGGCAUUUGUGUCGUCCUUUCAGGCUACUCGUUGGAGCGCGUUCUGCGCAAGCCCGAACAUUGCAGACUGCCAGUUUCAGCACAUUGGCCGUCGCUCGCAGCUUUCGGAGUCGUACACUCCCUUGUGCCAGAUGCAGUUUCCCAUAGGGAACAGCAAGCACUUGAAGAUUGCGGACUUUGGCCUGUUUGCUUCGCUUACUUAUGAGCCGAUCGACCGCGUGGAAGCUGCGUUGCAGCACUACUUCCCAACAUGGCGCUUGGAUUUCGCACUCAGGGCCGAGAAAGGCACGGCAAAACAACCCACUGACUGGUCGCGGUUCCUGAUGUUCACAUCAGAAGACAACCGAACAACCAUCAUUGCCAUUCGCGGGACCCUGGAUGCCGUGGAUGUCCUCCAAGACAUCUCUCUGUGGAUGAUACCGGCCAUACUCCAGACGAUAGGCCUCGUUGGUCCUGACAUCGGGGCAGACUGCUGGGGCAUUGCCAUGGCAAGGCACGCCAACGCGUUUCCGCUGUGCUCUGUGUCGCUGCAGUCAACCUAUGCAUCGCUCUUGAGCGUCGUGCUUGACAUGCUGACGACCUACCCAGACAGGACGUUCUAUCUGACGGGACAUUCGCUUGGCGGCGGCGUCGCAAAGCUCGUGGACCUGGAACUCACUGUGAGACAGGUGAACCCACGCCCAGCGACCAUCGCCUUUUCUGCUCCAGGCCUGAUGCUGGCAUCGCAGGUCCUUUACUCCGGCCAUGUCAGCUCCCUGGAAGAGUUCGGCAGUGCGCUCUCCUCCAUCUCCAUCAAGCCCACCGGCGAUGUCGUUUCGUCCGUCGACGUUGAGCUUGGGAGUCGGCUGGCAGCUCCCUGCACAGGCUUUGCAUUGCAGUGUCAUAGCAUCUACAGUACUCUUUGGCACAUCUUCAGCUUGUGCGGCUCCUCAGCGACGACGCACAAUGUUUCGAUACCCUGCACCUGGCCAGUCUUUGACUUCAAGUCCAAGAUGUCUUGGGAAAGGACCAUCGAAACCUACGUGACAAAGCAUUCAGAGCACGCAUGUGAUGAUUGA